AUGGAAUUGCUGUUCCUUGCUGUGCUCUGCCUGCACAUUCUCAAGACAGAGGCAGUAGUGGGCCACUGGUGCUAUCAGUCCCAGAAGUGUGAGCUGCCACAGUGUGAAGGUCCUGCCCAAUGGCAUCAGAUAUACGAGGAUUGCAGAGGGGACAGGCAGUCCCCUGUCAACAUUGUCACCCGAAAUGUGGUGUAUGAGAAGAGCCUGAAGCCCCUGAGCUUUGAAGGGUACGACGUGAAGGGCUCUGCCAAGUGGGACGUGCAAAACAACGGGCACACAGUUAAAGUGGCACUAGAUGCAUCCCCUAAAAUCGGAGGAGGAGGCCUGGAGAGAAAAUACAAGGCAGUGGAAUUCCAUUUUCACUGGGGACUCCUGACUGAGCAACAAAUCCUGAGUCCUGGCUCAGAGCACAGCAUAGAUGGAGAGAAAUACCCCAUGGAGUUUCACAUCGUCCACAUCAGAGAAGAUGCUUCAGAUGUGACAGAAGCCAAGAAAUCUCCAGAUGGUUUGGCUGUGUUGGCCUUCUUUGUAGAGGCUGGCGAAGAAAAUAAAAACUAUGAAACUCUAUUGAGCAAACUAAAGAAUAUUGAAUCCAAAGGGGGAUCAGCAAAGGUGGAUCCUUUGCCACUGAGCUCUCUCCUCCCACCUGAGGAAGACCUUGAGAGGUACUAUCGCUACCAGGGGUCCCUCACCACCCCUGACUGCUACCAGGGUGUCAUCUGGACCAUCUUUGAGACACCAGUUCAGCUCAGCCUGCGCCAGCUGUCCCAGUUCGCAGCACUGCACUUUGAUGGGAAGAACUCCACUCCCAUGAUGGAGAAUUUCCGACCAGCACAGCCCCUGAACGGGCGCGAGGUGCUCUGGUCGGGGGCCAGCAUCGCCCUGCCCACGGCACAGCUGCUGCUGCUGGGCCUGGCUCUGACCUGCACCCUCAGCUCUCUGUCCCACUGA